CUACUACUGCUUCAGGAGUGAGCGAGGAGGGCGUAGUGCUCCUGCAGGCUGGUACACCACACCAUCUGGGCUCUUGUCACACACACAUCCAACCAUUACCAUCUCCCACCUUACCUUUACCACCAAAUAAGAUGAUGAGGGUUGCCAAAUGCCCAAACGAGGAAUUGUCCUACACCAACUGUGUCAUUGUUAAUGAAAAUGACUUCCCUCUUCAUAUUAAAUAUGCACGAGUUACAGCUGACCAGGGCAAACAGUAUAUAUAUACACUCAAACAUGAUCGGGUGGUCAAGCCAGGUCACAUGGGCUUUAAUGCCAUUCACCGGAAGCAGGCAAUGCUGUCUUUGGAUCAAGAGAUUCGUGCAGAACCAUUUAUGCACGAUCCACGAACACAGCUUAUUGGCACAAUGGUGCUGGAAGCGGAUUUCUUACAAAAGAAGAUUACUGGCAGUGAGCCUUACAAUACUGAUCAAAUGGCAAUGGGAUUCAUGGAACAGUUUCCUAAACAUGGCUUUGCAGUUGGCCAGCUGGUGGCAUUUAAGUUUCAGGACAAGAAAGCACUGUCUCUAAAUGUCAAGGAAAUUGAAGCUGCUGAUCUAGAAGCUGUUGCAUCUGGCAAGAAAAAAGUGCCUCGCAAAAUUAACUUUGGAGUUCUCCAGCCAAAUGCAUCUAUUAUUUUUGAGAAAAGUGAAGGCUCAUCCUUGAUACUUACUGGAAAAGCAAAGACCCGUUCUGCCCAUACAAGUCUCUUUUCUGCUGAUUGGGACUUCCAGAAAAUGGGUAUUGGUGGUUUAGAUGAACAAUUCGUUCAUAUCUUACGAAGAGCGUUUGCUUCCAGAGUUUUUCCACCAGAAGUCACAGAGCAGCUUGGUAUCAAGCAUGUGAAGGGACUUCUGCUAUUUGGACCACCAGGAACUGGUAAGACUCUGAUGGCACGUCAAAUAGGAAAAAUGCUCAACGCUCGAGAACCAAAAAUUGUUAAUGGUCCAGAAAUAUUGGACAAGUAUGUGGGAGAGUCGGAAGCCAAUGUUCGGCGGCUGUUUGCUGAUGCUGAGGAAGAAGAGAAACGGAUGGGGCCAAACUCUGGUUUGCACAUUAUCAUUUUUGAUGAGAUUGAUGCUAUUUGUAGACAAAGAGGCUCUGUUGCUGGCAAUACUGGCGUGAAUGACACAGUUGUUAAUCAAUUGCUAUCAAAGAUUGAUGGUGUAGAUCAGCUCAAUAAUAUUCUGGUGAUUGGCAUGACCAACAGAAAGGAUAUGAUGGAUGAUGCCUUGCUCAGACCUGGCAGACUAGAAAUUCAGGUAGAAAUUGGACUUCCAGAUGAACAAGGUCGUUUUGAUAUUCUCCAAAUCAAAACGGCAAAAAUGAAGGAGAAUGAUAAACUAGAAGGUGAUGUUGACUUGGAGGAAAUUGCUGCUAUUACUAAAAACUUUUCUGGUGCUGAACUUGAAGGUCUUGUGAAAGCUGCUUCAUCUUCUGCAUUGAAGCGGUAUAUUCACUUAGGAAAGAAAAUCGAAGUUGAUCCUGAUGCAAUUGAUAAACUUAAGAUAACACGAGCUGACUUUAUAUACUCCCUUGAAAAUGAUGUAAAACCAUCACUGGGUACAAGUGAUGAGGCACUCUCCAAGUUUAUCGAGCGAGGAAUUAUUAACUGGGGACCCACGAGAGACCUGGUUGAAAAGGGGAUGAUGUUUGUGAAGCAGGCGCGCUCUCCAGAAACAAGCAGCCGUCUUUGUUUACUGCUGGAAGGAGCCCCGACAGCUGGAACAUCAGCACUGGCAGCAUACCUGGCAAAGAACUCCGAUUUUCCUUUUAUCAAGGUUAUCAAUUCUCGUGAGAUGGUUGGGUUUAUGGAAUCCUCCAAGUGCUUACGGAUUAAUAGAAUAUUUGACGAUGCUUACCGCUCAGAACUAAGCUGCAUCUUUAUGAACGAUCUGGAACACUUAAUGGGUUAUUCACCUAUUGGUCCCCGUUAUCAAUCAAUUGUCCUGGAUGCUAUGUAUUCCCUUCUAGCCUCUUCCCCACCUCCAGGCCGUAAACUCCUAGUCAUCUGUACCACUAAACGACGAUCUGUUUUAGAAGAAUUGGGUCUUCUUUCUGCCUUUACUGCUGUUAUAAGAGUUCCUUAUAUUGCACACCAAGAAGAUAUUAAGCUUGUUCUAGAGGAGUCACAAGCAUUAUCUCAUAAAGAAAUUGAUGAAAUAAUGAAACGUAUUUGCCAUGGAAGAGUCUUUGUGGGAGUGAAAAAGUUGUUGGGCCUUCUGGACUCCAUGCGAGUGAUGAAGGGCGUAGACUCAAGCAAGAGGGUUGCGGCUUUUGUCAACUUAUUAGAGGAUGAAGGGGUAUUCACCCCUCUACUUUAAUUUUGGUGUGAGAUGUAAUUCAGGUAGAUGGUGAUGUAAGUUAUUUUAUUUUAGCAAAAUAUAUUUUAUGAUUCUAUAUAAAAGAUAAUGAUAGAGUACCACAUUUAUGAAAUGUACCCAGAUACUCAUUAAAUACAUUUCCAUACAUGCUUGUAUACUUGUUUAAGUAUUUAAUACAUUAAAUACAUACCCAGUACAUUUCACCUUUUCUUAGACAUUCUUGUAAGAAAAAAGGAUAACCUAACGUUUUUAUUAAUAUUGGAAUACAAUUAUGGCCUAAACUGUUUUAAUCCCCCAAAUUUAUAAAUGUGUAAUAUUGUAGCAGAUUCAUGAGAAGGAAGCCUGUACCAUCAUGCAUUCACAUUUUCUUACUGAGAAUGCCAAAUUUUUGUGAUUGCAUUGUCUAACAUUUUGCCAGUGUUGUCUUCCCCGGCUUUCCUUGUCUUGUACUCUCAACCACACCCACAAUUUUUUCACUGAAUGUACUUCUGGUAUUACCAUCAAUCUUGUGACUAAUUAAUAAUGCCGAGAGUACAAAUUUUCUGUGUUGGUAAAUAAAUUUUGCAAGAAAUACAGCUAAGUACUUUUAACUCGUGGCAUAUAAAAAUUUUUGGUAUAAAUUGCGUGAAAGCAUUUUUACUUAUAUCGUAUUCCAUCUACCUGUGUCAAAACCAUUCCUGAAAUUGUAAAUUUUUGCAACCCGAGGGGUCGUGAUCUACUUUUUAUUCCAUAUUCAUGUUUCACUACUGAAGGCUCUCUCAGAUGCCUUAGCACCAUCCUGUUUGAAAAUAGCUCCUAUUUUUCCCACUCAUAUUUCUUGCUACUUCAUUCAUAUAUACAAUAAAUUAAUAAUGCAAUAUAUCCCACAGCUUUGUCAGAAUCUCACACUUUGAAGUGUAACACUUUUUCCCAUUUUACUUUUACAUGUGGAGUAUUCUUUACAAAGUUUCUACUGUGGCAUAAAUUUUUAGAACCUUGCAUAAAACAUUCCAGUGUCUUAUAUGAAAAACAUUUUCCAAGUGCAUGAAUAAUGUUAUCAAAUAUUUUUGCUAACUUCUGUACAAUAAUUAUAGUCUGAGCAACA